CAGUGAUUCAUUCUUUUAUCAUGUCGCGCUUGAACGACAUCAUAUCCCAGUCGUAUUUCACCGUUCCCCGGUUCACUCUAGAAUCCGGCGUAGAACUGCGCGACGUUUCUGUUGCUUACAAAACAUGGGGUCACCUAAAUGCAACAAAGGACAAUGUUAUGAUUAUUUGCCACGCUUUUACUGGCAGUGCCGACGUUGAAGACUGGUGGGGUCCACUGAUGGGAGCGGGGAAAGCCUUUGACCCCAAGCGAUUUUUCAUCUUCUGUGCAAACGUUAUUGGGUCACCAUACGGUACUGUAUCUCCAGUAUGCACCAACCCCGAUACAGGAAAAUCUUAUGGGCCUGAAUUUUCUACUUCAACUAUACGCGAUGACGUCCGGCUACACAAACUUGUACUUGAUCACCUAGGCGUCACGUCCGUCGCAGUUGCCAUUGGGGGUUCAAUGGGUGGAAUGGCAGUACUAGAAUGGCCACUCUGCACCCCACCAAAUUACGUCCGUCAUGUUGUUCCUAUCGCCACAUCGGCUCGCCAUUCAGCCUGGUGCAUCAGCUGGGGCGAAGCACAGCGCCAAUCAAUCUACAGUGACCCGCACUACGCCGAUGGGUACUAUUCCUCUCAACCGGCCUCGGGGCUUGCUGCAGCUCGCAUGGCAGCCUUACUCACCUACCGCUCACGCGACUCCUUCGAGAAACGGUUCGGGCGGAAGUACCAAUUAACAGAGUCUCCACCACAGACACCUAAUGCACUUUCAGCCCAUAAUGAUGGCCAUAGAAAUUCUCAAAAUAGCCGUGCUUCAUCACCAGCGCCAAAUAUCUUCUCCGCUCAAAGCUAUCUUCGCUACCAGGGCGACAAGUUCACCGCUAGGUUUGACGCGAACUGUUAUAUCCACAUUACCCGGAAGAUGGAUACCCACGAUCUAUCACGGGGCAGACAUAGCCUAGCUCGUGCACUCUCUCAGCUUCCCAGAGGCGCCCUAGUCAUCGGCAUCGCUACUGACGGUCUAUUUACAACAACGGAACAGCGAGAGAUUGCGGCGCACAUUCCCGAUUCCGAGCUAGUUAUCAUACCGUCACCAGAUGGACAUGAUGGGUUUCUAUUGGAAUUUGAAGCCAUUAAUAACCACGUAAUGGCGUUUCUCAAAAGGCAGCUACCGGAAGUGUACGAUAAGGAGGUAGAGGAAGACUUGGCUGAUGAGGGAUUCGAGGUGAAGAAAACGAGUGUUUUCGGAGAGGCCGAGGUGGAUAUUACGCAGUGGUAAAAAGAAAGAAGAUCUAUUUCAUUGUAUCAGAGGGAGGUUUGACAAGGAAGCUAUACCAUAGACCGUUUUGAUACAAUA